AUACCCCAUAAAUUUGACAAAGUCAUUGAUGAAAAAAUGAAAUACUUACGAACGAUGCCAGCACGAUGAGAAGACUCGGAAUUUCUCUGGGGUCUUGUAUUCUCAUUGCGAUUAUUACAGGCACUAUCGUUGAUUGCAGCACUGUCACACAUUUAAGGUCAAAAGAAGCUCUCCAAGACUCCGGUAACAAUUCCAACUCCUCAGGAACCAUAAUUCUCCGUAAAAAACGCCUAAUAAGAUACGAGGACCUUCCUUUGAGCAUUCGGAAACGCCUAGCAAAGAAUUUAGAAACAAUAUCAGAUUAUGAGGACGAUCUGGACGACGAGGAGUCCGAUAGCUUCCAGAGUAUAGACAGAUAUAACCGAGGACCUUCGGAUGCUGAUAAUGACUUUGAUGACCACAGCGUGGACAAGCGUGCAGCCAUGACAAACGAAGAAGAAUCAAACGAGCAAGGGGUUGAAGAAAUCGGUGUAAAUGACCCAGUUCCAAAUAAAUCUCGUGUGAAGAGAGAUAAAAUUCUGCAAGAAGACCUCCGAAAGAAAGUAAAUUUAGAACUAGCAAAAUCCCAGCUAGAAAGAGUAGAGAAGAAAGUGGAGGAUGAAAUUAGGAGCUUAAAGAAGCGAUCGAAAUCCUCUGGGGAUACUUCGAAAAGCGAAAGUGACUCGAAAAAACGUCAAAUAAUUACCCCAAACGUUUCGUCUCAUCCGCGUCUCCUGAAAAUUGAAGUGGAUACUUUCGAAAUCGGUCAAGAAUCACCGAAAGACACUUUUGACAGUGUUGACAGAUUAAAAAAGUCUGAAAUAGACGCCGUAUCCUCAAAAAGUAGUCCUGAUCUGCAGAAAGAUGUCAGAAGAGAACUACCUCUCUCCGGAACUGAAAAUGAACUUCGGAACAAAGAUAAAAAUGAGCCAAAAGAAGUUGAAGAUCAACUGCAGAGGAGAAUUGAAGCCGUGAAAGAGAAGGUGAAACGAGAGAUCGAGGAAAACGCCAGGAUCAAAGAGAUCGAGGCAAAUAACGCGAAGUAUGAUGAAUUAAUGAGAUCAGAGGAGAAGAAUGUGGAGGACACGAUGAAUGAUAGUGGCAGGGAGAAACGACUGGAAGAGGAUGACCGUGAGGAGUCUGGCAUCAUUAAUGGGACUGACCAGGACGAGGCAGAGGUCGCUGAAGAAGAUGAUAGCUUACAUGGGAGCAUUCGGAAGAGAUCGGCAGCUGUCUAUGAUGAUCUUGGCGAUAACAGCGAGAUUGAAGAGGAGAUUAAGUUAAGGAGGAAGGGAAAUCCUAAAACACGGAAGUUUCGAAAAUCUGUGAUACCAGCCCCCAGGUACAAUGGCCUCGAUGACAGUGAUUCAGAUUUGGAAAUUGAAAAGUCAGAGGCCAAUCGAUUUGUUCGUAGGUCUAAGGGAUUGAAGGAGGGUAAACGAAGAUUAAAGCAUUCCAAGUUUAGCGGGACUAGGGAUGAACGUGAAAGUUUUUUGUUUCCCGGCCGAUUGUAUACGAGACAACGGAGGGAGAUGAAGGCUCGGAGGAGACGGAUAGGGUCUCACAAGAAGAAGCGAGGGGGAAAGCCGAGACACAAGCAUCGGAAAAUUCAGAGACAGAGUGGAGGCCUCGAUGGAGGUGAAAUUAAAGGAAGAUGGGAGAGGGCUGCGGACGAGCCUUUGGAUGAGGUAGUGGCGGAUUCUGUUGCCGAUGCAAACUCGAUGGGAGACCUUGCCAAUGCUCAGGAUUUGGGUGCACAGCUCGCCCCCGAGUACCAAGAGGCCUUCGGGGGUCUCCCCAACCAGCCUAACGCGGCCUUAGCACGAUACAAGAGAAUCAGAAGAUCGUCUUGAUGAAAAAGUUUAAGAUAAUUCUCAAUGUAAUUAGCAUAAUCACGUGACAUUCUGUGC